UGAUGCGACGGCUACAUUUCUGAUGCUCGCUUCUUAUCUCAGUGAUGAGCGAUGGCCUAGAAACCGAUUCGGUUGGAAUUGGCUGCGAUAACACUUCUUGUAAGCGGUCGCCAUGAUGGAGGACCUGGGCACAUACUUAUCACAAGCCGGUCCGGGCGGUUGUGUGCCGUACGCUGAGCCGCUGCCGCCGCACACGGGCCCCGACUCACGCUGCAUCCUCUGCGACUCGUACAUCACGUGCGCCGCCGAGCCGCCCACCGGCGUCGACAUCAACGGCUUCCGGCUGCCGAGCACGCAGGAGACACUGGCCGAGAAACUAGAGAUGGUGGUGCAGCCAGGCUGUGGCGUGUCGCUGCACGCUGCCGCCCACCACUGGCAGAUGAAGUAUAUCUGUAUGGCAUGCUCAGCUGUCAUCAUGACUCUCGACUCGUACGAAACGAAGAUCAUUGAGAUCCGCGAAGAGAUCAAGAGAAAGUUCAUGGACAUGCUGAAAAUACGCGCAGAAAAGUUUGGAGAGCUCCAGCCGAUGCCGGCACCGCUGCAGUCGCCGCUGGAGCGGCACGCGCACGUCAAGCGCGAGCCGCACGAGGAGGGCGCCGGCGGGCCCGACGAGCCGGCCGAGGAGCGGCUAGAGUGUGAGGUGGAGCUGCUGUGCGAGCCGCCAGCCAGCCACGACGCCUCGCCCGCCGAUGAGAGCGACCUCGUCUGCCCGGCCUGCAGCAAGCGCUUCCGCAACAAGUACAACCUGAAGCGGCACAGCACCGUGCACGCCGGCGUCAAGCCAUUCAGCUGCGAGUUCUGCACGCGCGCCUUCCGGCUCAAGGACCAUCUGAAGACGCACAUGCGGUCGGGCCCGCAGACGGCGCCGCUGGCGUGCGCGCCGUGCGGCCUGACAUUCCCCUGCUUCACGCUGUUCUCGGAGCACCGCCAGCAGUACCACAGCGACGGCGGCGACAACCCGUGUCGCCACUGCGAGCUGGUGUUUACCACGGCCACCGAGCUGCGGCGCCACUGUCGCCAGCUGCACCCGCACCCGGUGAAGCAGGAGUUCCGCUGCUCGGUGUGCGGCCGCGACUUCCCCAACGGCUUCAACCUGCGGCGCCACCUGCUCGUCCACUCGGGCGAGCGGCCGUUCGGAUGCGACCUGUGCGGCAAGCGCUUCACGCAGCCGUCCAUUCUCAAGAAGCACAGCCGCGUGCACGAGAAGAAGCCGCCCGAGCUGAAGGAGCUGCUCACCUCCAUGUAGGAGGUGAGGCCGGGCCUGCGGGCGACCGGCGGCGCCUGC